AUGGCUUCAAAACUUGCUGUUGAUGCGAUAGAGACAUCCACAAAGGUCCAUUUCUCAGGGUUUCAUUUAGAUUCAGUUAGAUCAGACCAUACAGCUGACGAAGUAGAACAACAUGGACAGCCUUUUGUAAUCGGAGUUGCUGGAGGAGCAGCAUCUGGGAAAACAACUGUCUGCGAUAUGAUUAUGCAGCAACUACAUGACCAGAGAGCCGUUGUUGUUAAUCAGGAUUCUUUCUACCAUAAUGUAAAUGAAGAGGAGCUUAAAAGAGUUUACGAUUACAAUUUUGAUCAUCCUGACGCUUUCGAUACGGAGCAACUAUUGUGUUCCAUGGAGAAGUUAAGAAAAGGGCAUGCAGUAGAUAUCCCUAACUACGACUUCAAAAGUUACAAAAACAACGUCUUUCCACCAAGAAGAGUGAAUCCUUCUGAUGUUAUAAUUCUUGAAGGGAUACUCAUUUUCCAUGACUCUCGUGUACGAGAUUUGAUGAACAUGAAGAUCUUUGUAGAUGCAGAUGCCGACGUGCGUUUAGCGAGAAGGAUUAAACGCGAUACUGUUGAGAAAGGCAGAGAUAUAGCGACUGUUCUUGACCAGUACUCAAAGUUUGUGAAGCCAGCAUUUGAGGAUUUCAUACUCCCAACAAAGAAGUACGCAGAUAUAAUAAUUCCACGUGGCGGUGAUAAUCAUGUUGCUAUUGAUUUGAUUGUGCAACACAUUCGCACUAAGCUUGGUCAACAUGAUCUCUGCAAAAUAUAUCCUAAUCUUUACGUCAUUCAAUCAACUUUUCAGAUACGUGGGAUGCACACUCUAAUCAGAGACUCCAAAACAACAAAGCAUGACUUCAUCUUCUACUCGGAUCGAUUGAUUCGUUUGGUAGGGUGUAAAACUAGAGUUAUGUUAUUUUACCAUGUCCGAUCUGUGUAUUCGGGUGUGGACUUCUGUAAGAGGCUGUGUGGUGUCUCAGUUAUCAGAAGCGGUGAGAGUAUGGAGAAUGCUCUGAGAGCAUGUUGCAAAGGCAUCAAGCUUGGGAAGAUUCUGAUUCACAGAGAAGGCGACAACGAUCAGCAGCUUAGAUACGUGAAGCUACCCUCAGACAUUUCGGAAAGGCACGUGCUUUUGCUGGACCCUAUCCUCGGGACAGGAAACUCGGCGGUGCAAGCGAUAAGACUGCUGAUAAGUAAAGGAGUACCUGAAUCCAACAUCAUAUUUCUCAAUCUCAUAUCUGCACCGCAAGGAGUAAAUGUGGUGUGCAAAAGGUUUCCGAGGAUAAAGAUUGUGACAUCUGAGAUAGAGAUGGGUUUAAACGACAAGUUCAGAGUUGUACCUGGCAUGGGCGAGUUUGGAGACCGCUAUUUUGGCACUGAUGACGAGUGA